AAUGCUACAAGGAAGCAGGCUAGGGCUGUAACACGGGUGUUUUGGGACAUCAAUCUGUGUCCGGUUCCCUCUGGCUUUAGUCCUCGUCGGGUCCGUCCCUGUAUCAAACGGUUUUUGGAGAAAUAUGGAUACUAUGGUCCUCUCACCAUCAUCGCUGCUGGCGUACUAACAGACGUCCCUGUUAACAUCCUUAGAGAAGUCUUUUCCAGUGGAAUCUCUCUUACUAACGUCCCCUAUGGUUUAAUUAACCUCCUCCCUUAUGCCUCCCUUUCGAUACAAUAAAUAUGCAUUAUAUACAUAUGAGAGAGUCUUAAGAAUUUUUAUUCUUUUCUCAGGUUCCUCAGACACGGCGGAGCUUGUUUUUGCGUUUACAUAUGAGGAUCCAGCUCUAGCUAAUAUAAUGGUCAUAUCCGAUCCCAAUUUCUUCCCUGAUAUUUCUGGCUACCUACAAUUGAUGGGACACAACCUUCUUCACCCGUGUCCCUAUGAUUCUCUUCAAAGCCUUCUUCAGAAAGGUGUGUAUGUUUGUCCUCUCUCUCACAGUGUUGUCCAACUAACCAGUAAAUUAAUCUGUUGCUGAACUGGCUACUUUUAUUCUUCUCCCCCCACCUAUAGAUUCGGGUAGACGUGAGGAGAAAACAGAAACAGGUGUAUCUGCCUGCUGGAAUUGCUGGUUAUGCUGCCGUGAUCCUCCUGGCCAUGACUUUGAAAAUUUCGCCACGCAUCUCUAUGAUGAAGAACAUCAGCAGCUGGUAAUCAAGCAUCCUAACCAAAUCACUUUUUUUUUUUUCAUUGUCCUCUUCAACUAUAUUUAGUUUCUUACGUUUCCCUUUCACACUCCUACCUAGUUUUGACCCCAUGCAUGGUGCAUUUGUGUUUUUUUCAAGCAGAUGUUGGACCUACCACCUAACGAUAAUGAUGUUACGCGUCCCGUUUAUUUUCAUCGAACUCUCAUGGUGAGGAAGCAACCAAAGUCAUGUUAUAAUAUCUUUUGAGAUUUCUUAAAUUUUGAUUCGUUUACCUAAACUUAUCUGCUUGCAAACCUCUUUCCCUUUCUCACUUGGAUGUGCAUUUUGUUAUCAAUCAGGCGUGGGACUGGUUGCCUCUUACAAGAGCUAAAAGAUCAGAGGCUCUAACAUUGGUCUUUUGGGACAUCAAUACGUGUCCGGUUCCCCCUUCCUGUGAUGCUCGUCUGGUUGGUCCGCGCAUUAAACGAUUUCUGGAGAAGAAAGGCUGCUUUGGUCCUCUCACCAUCAUUGCAGUUGGCUUAUUAACCGACCUCCCUAUUGACAUCCUGAGGAGAGUCUAUUCCAGUGGAAUCUUUCUUACCAACGUCCCUCACGGUAUCUUCUCAUCCUUGUGGCGCCUUUCUACACUAAUUGAUUUUUUUUUUCUCUUGAUGAAUAGAGAGAGUCUUAGUUCUUUAGUUUCUGAAACAGGUUCUCAAACAGAUUCCACAGACACUGAGCGUCUCAUUUCUGAGUUUAUCGCUAUGUAUCCACAUCCAGCUAACAUAAUGGUCAUAUCCGAUUCAAAAAUUCAUUCUUCUUAUAAAUCCUAUCUAGAAAAGAUGGGAUACAACCUUCUUCAAUAUGAUUCUCUUGAAAGAUUUCUUCCGGCAGGUGUGUGUGUGUGUUUUGUCCUCUCAUAGUGUUGUUGAAAAUAACCAACAGCUCUGUUUACUGAACUGCCUACUCCUUUUUUUUUUUCCUACAGAUUCAGGGGGACUUAAGGAGUAUAAGUGCUGUGAAACGGGUGAAUCUGCCUACUGGUUUUGCUCAUUAUGCCAAAGCGGUGUUGCUAACAAAGGCUUUGAUAAUUUCACCAUGCAUCUCUCUAGUGGACAACACCAACAGGAGGUAAUCAAGAAUCCUAACCAAACCGGACAAACUUAUUGUAUCAAUAAUACACUUUGAUCACUGUCAGUCUAUACAUGAGUCAGACAACCUCUUACCACAAGUAGUUUAGUUUCCCCUUUCUUAGUUCUAGUUUCGUUUGCCUAUAUUUUGACCAUUGGAUGUGCAUUUUGGUUUUCAAGCAGUUGUUGGACCUGUUGCCUACUCCACCAAGUAAAGGUCCUGAGAAAAACCUUGAGGCUGUAACAUCGGUCUUUUGGGACAUCAAUAGGUGUCCGGUUCCCACUGGCUAUGAUCCUCGUCUGGUCGGUCCGAGUAUCAAACGGUUUUUGAAGAAUAGUGGCUACUCUGGUCCUCUCACCAUCACUGCUGCUGGCGUACUACAAGACGUCCCUAAUGACAUCCUGCGAGGAGUCUAUGCCGGUGGAAUCUCUCUAGAUAACAGUAAAGUCAUCUACAGACCCUCAAACAUUGAAGAUAGUGUUUUACGUUAUACCUUUAGUAAUCCACCUCCAGCUAAUAUAAUGGUCAUAUCCGAUCCGGAAGUCUUCCCGUGUAUUGCUCACUACCUAGAAUUCAAGGGAUACAGCUUUCUUUCUGAGUCUUCUAUUCAUCAUCUGGCAGAUUCAGCAGGGGCACUUGAGGAGGAUAAUAAGUGCAGUGAAACGGGUACUGAAUCUGCCAGCUGGAUGUGCUCUGUUUGCUGCGAAGAUGUUGAAGAGAAAGGCUUUGAAGAAUUCAUUACGCAUCUCUCUAGUAGAGCACAUCAACGGAAGAUGUUGGACUUCUUGCCUAUAAAUGCUCGGUUUUCUCGUCAGGAGGAUGCUUCCUACCAUGGUGGCGAAUCAAGCAAAGGCAAGUUUUAAUAUCUGAUUAACGUACGUUUGGGGAUAUCUCUAGAAUCUUGGGAGUUUUCUUAUGAAUAUGAAAAAUUAAUAACACUGUAGGGAACGUGAACAAGAGGAAGAGGAAGAAUUACAAGAAUUACUGAAUAAGAAGUCCCCCUUGGUGUUGUUCUUCUCUCUAAGGACGGUGUCGGUGAAUGGUUUGUUCUACAAGUUAGUACGUAGCUGCAAAUGUUUGGUUAACUUGUGAAGACCAUCGGAAGUUACCAAUCUCAUGUAGUCUCAGUGUUUCUUUAUAAAGUGAGAAAAGAAGUAGCCAGACAAAAAUGCAGUUUUCCAAAGUUUAAACACAACAUUGUGAUUUGAGCAAAAGAAGACCAAACCAAAAAAAAACCAUUGAAAUAAUUCAAAGAACUUUUCACUACGUUAAAUCUUUUGAAAAAUAACAAACAUGCAUUGUGUAAUGCCCCCUCCUUGGGCUCUUUCAGCUCAACGUUGUAUUGUGUCAACUUCGUCUUCUUCUUCCUUGGCAAAAAAUUUCGACUUAAGACCAUCAAAACGUCUACGUUUCGUUUUCAUAGAGGAAACAUCAACACAAAUCAAAGAGAAGCACGUGGAAA